GUUUACGCCAAUGAGUGAAGUGUAGCUUUAGGCGACUUGUCGUUUUGCGUGGAACGAAUAAAUAGCUCAUGUUACAACUCCGGGGAGAGGUUCUGCUUUCGCGUGAAGCUCGCUGGCCAGUUGGUGUGGAUUUGAUCCGGCUGACGGCUCCUGCUAGCAGCUACCACAGCUAGCAGAACACGUCAGGAAAGCCAAAGACAGGUGACGACAAAUCCCGUCAGCCAUGGCGGGGGGAAUCACAGACACGGGGGAGCCCUACUCUGCCUUUGUAGGUCUGGUGUACAUGUUCAACCUGAUUGUGGGAACAGGAGCGCUCACCAUGCCCAAAGCCUUCGCCACGGCGGGCUGGGUGGUCAGCUUGAUACUCGUCUCCUUCCUGGCGUUCAUGAGUUACAUGACCACGACCUUCAUGAUCGAGGCGAUGGCGGCGGCCAACGCUCAGCUGAGAUGGAAGAGGAGGGAGCAGGAUGAGAUCAACGACAACGAGUCCACCUCAGAGUACUCGGAUGAUGACAGCAUAGUAAGGGGGCAGGCCGAACCGGAGACCAAGCCCAUCUUGUCAGUCCAACGUUCCGGCGGUCCCGUGGGCCACUUUGACAUCGCCGAGCGCAUGGAGAUGGGUCAGAUGGCGUCCAUGUUCUUCAACAAAGUGGGCGUCAACAUGUUCUACAUCUGCAUCAUUGUGUACUUGUACGGAGACCUCGCCAUCUACGCCGCAGCUGUGCCCAUAUCCCUCAUGGAGGUGGCCUGUGGAAACCAUUCAUGCAGCGCAGGAGCUGUGAAGUACAAUGACACGGAUGCAUGCUGGGGCUCAGUGACCAGGAAAGAUGCCUACAGAGUCUUUCUGAGUGUCUUUACUGUUCUGUUGGGACCGUUUACCUUCUUUAACGCCCAGAAGACCAAAUACCUUCAGAUCCUCACUUCACUUAUGCGCUGGAUUGCGUUCACCAUGAUGAUCAUCCUGGCGCUCCUCCGCAUUGGCGCGGGCGAGGGCCGCCCUUCCGUCGCCUCCCUGGCCGGUGUGCCCAACCUAUUUGGCGUGUGCGUUUACUCGUUCAUGUGCCAGCACUCUCUGCCCUCGCUAGUGACGCCCAUCUCGGACAAAAAGCGCGUGGGCGUGCUGGUUCUGGCCGACUACGUGCUCAUCCUUGGCUUCUACGCGCUCCUGUCCUUCACCGCUAUCUUCUGCUUUGACAGCGCGCUCAUCCACGAUAUGUACACACUCAACUUUACCGACAAUUGCCAUGUUCUGGACGUGCCCGUCCUGCGCUACUUCCUGGGCCUCUUCCCCGUCUUCACUAUCAGCACCAACUUCCCCAUCAUUGCGGUCACUUUGCGCAAUAACUGGAAGACGCUAUUCCACCGGGAUGGCGGUACCUACCCAUGGGUGGUGGACCGGGUGGUCUUUCCGCUUAUUACACUGGUGCCGCCCAUCGUGGUGGCCUUCUGCACGCACAAUCUGGAGUCUCUGGUGAGCAUCACGGGCGCUUACGCCGGCACUGGCAUCCAGUACGUGGUUCCCGCCCUGCUAGUCUACCAUGCCCGGCGCCACGUGGCGCCGGUGACGGGUCGCCACGCUGUCAACCCGCACCGUUCGCCCUUCUGCCAUACGGCCUGGGUCUGGUUCGUGGUGCUGUGGGCCACCUUCUGCCUCAUGUUCGUCACCGCCAACAUCAUCCUGACCGACGUCAGGAAAUGACACAUCCACCUUGUGCCUUUUUUUUUUUUUAAUUAUUAUUAUUUUUUUUUAUACAGAAUGCUAGCUAAUUUAUCAAGAAAGGACCAAACAUUUAACGUCCAUUUUCUAUACCACUUCAUGAGGGUCGAGGGUGAACCGAAGUCUAUCCCAGGUGACUUUGGGGGAGAGGAGGUACACCCUGGAUUGGUUGGCAGCCAGUCAAAUAAACAAAUUUAUGCACAAAAAGCUAAUUUGUGGCCAUUUAUGGAAAAACAGAGCCCCAAACAUCUCAAAUUUUUUACACUAUAUAUUAAAAUUUUUACACUAUAUAUAUAUAUAUAUAUAUAUAUAUAUAUACAUAUAUACAUAUAUAUAUAUAUAUACACACAUAUACAUACAUACAUACAUACACACACACAAGCGGGUACGGAAAGUAUUCAGACCCCAUCAUAUUGACAGAACAAAAACGGAAUUGUUGGACUUUAUGGACAUGAAAAUACAAAUUUGUGACUCCCCAAAUAGGUAUAACAUGCACACAAAUGACUCAUUUGUGGCCACAAAUGACUAUUCAGGUGUAAGGUGUGCACUUAAUACUAAUUUGUGGCCAUGAAAUAGGUGUAUUGUCUCCACAAAAUGCUAGUUUGUGGCCACAAUUUACUAAUUUAUGGACAAUAUAUGUGGAGACAAUAUUCAUUUUUGGCCAUUAGGUAAGUAUAAUGUGUGCAUGAAUUACUAAUUUGUGACUAUAAAAUAGGUAUCAUGUUAAAAAAACAAAAAAUAGGUAUAAAUUGAGCACUAAAUUAAAAGGAAUUAGCCGUUAGGUAUAAAGAGAGCACAAAUUACUAAUUUGUGGCCAAGAAAUAAGUAUUACGUGCUGUACGUAAUACUUGUUUCUAGCAUGGUGCGCACAAAAUAAAAAUGUUGUGGCUGCGAAAUGGGUAUAACAUCCACACAAAUGAGUAUUUAGUAAUAACGUGUAUACUAAAUACGAAUGUGCGGCCACAAAGUAUGUAUAACUUUUGCAGAAAAUGCUCAUUUGUGGCUUCAAAAUUCAAAUUAUCCGCGACAAAUUAGUCUUGAAGUGUAAUGUGCGCACAAAUUACAAAUUUUUGCCAAACAGAAUACUGAUUCGAGUCCACACAAUACUAAAUUCUGGCCGCUAUAGCUAUAGAGUGCUCAUAAAAUGCUAAUUUGUGACUACAAAAUACUCAAUUGUGGCCAUGAAAUAGGUAUAACGUGCGCACGAAAUACUAAUUUGUGGGUUUAAUAUCAUUCAUAUGAACAACUUGGACUUCUGGGUAAGCAUUUGGAUCGCACCUUGGCGAGAAAAUGCAUUACGCUAUGUCCUCUACCUUACUGGUUAGAGCAAGGGUGUGCUCCAUUUUCUACCCAACAGUCUAGGAAUUAUACUAAUAUUCAUUAGAAUUUCGUCCGCACGUUAUAUCCAUUUCUGGGCCACGAAUUAGCAUUUUGAGCUCAUGUUACAUCGAUAUUGAAGCCACCUUUUGUUUUUAAUCCGUCAUAUCAUGUCUGGGUCUCCGUACAAACAAGCAUUCACACCGAAGGACAAUUCGUUAGUUAACCUAAGAAAUAUCUUUUUGGGUUGUUGGAGGAACUCACACGACCAGGAGAAAGCCCACACAAGCAAGGAGAGAAGAUGAACACACACGGCGUGCGAACCAUCCGCGCGCCGUGUUGCCAAAAGGACCAAAUAUGAACAACUCAAUUUUGACCAUUUAAAAAUUAAAAAAAAAAAAAUCUAAAAUGUCCUCUGUGUUUUUCUUAGAAGUUUGUCAAAGGAGUCGAGACAAAAACAAAGAAACGCCAUCACCACGGUUGAUGCUGCUGUUGUUUUUUUACUGAUGUGUGAUUGGCCAGAUAUGUUUAAACGUGUGUGUGUGUGUGCGGGUCGGUGGGAGGGGUGUGGGGAAAAGAACAACACCAGAGUGUCAUUUUUUUCACUGUUAUAACACUUAUUCAAAUUUUUACUAUUAUAACAGUUAUUAAACCAUUUCAAACUGUUAUUUCACUAUUGUAAGUUAUUCCACUGUUAUAAAAUGAUUACACUCUGGUGUUGGUUUUCCUGACCGAACACCCCGUUGAUAUCAGGGAAAACUCCCGCAUUGGGCCAAAAAUCUUUGAGUUAUUUAAUGGAAUUAAAUAUGUCUACCAAACGUUAAGAAGGAUUUCCACAUUCGCCACAGACGAUGUCGUCGCCGUUAUUGCUAACACUUGAGUGGCUAAGUAACUGACAUUUAAACUUGUCACCCUAACAACGCCUUCCCACUAGCGGGAAUCGGUCCAAAAAUUGCACAAUUCAGAGUGAAUUUUUAAAAUGUAUUAUUAUUAGUUUUUUUGUUUUUUGUUUACCCAGUCCUGUAGCUACAUAACCCCCUAAUAUUAGGAAUGCCAUCUCAUUACAAUGUGGAAAUGUAUGCUUCCUGGAUGAAUGCGUUAUACACAUGAAUGUGUUGUACACACAGUUAUUGCACUGUUUUGAACUGCUAUUACACCGUUAUAGCAGUUUUAUAACGCUCCACUGUUUUAACUGCUACUCCAGUUGUAAAAGUGUUUUAACAGUUGUUACACUGUUAUAACACCCCAGUGGCAUUCUUCCCACCAAGAUUGUUGUGUCUUGCAACGAGAUAUGCUGAAGUACACGAUAGCGCAGCGUAUAAAGCCAGGCAGGAGAUGAUGUGGGAUGUGGCCACCGAGCGCCUGGGAAAUAGUUGCCAUGGCAACAGAGGUGCCUUUUGAUUGGAUCCUUGUGCUCAUUAUGUUUUCAUUGACCUGACAAUCACCCCCCACCGAGCAAACACGUUUCCGCCAAGUGUUGACUUUUUGAAAGUUUUUGUUUUAAUCAUAAUUUAAAGUAUUCACAAAGAAAUUAAAAGGAAUAUGUCUUCAUUCAUUCAUUUUGUCUUCAUGAAUACUGUGGAAAAGUUGGUCAUUCAAAUUCACAAGCAAAUAAAACUGACAAUGAGU